AACGCGGACUCAUAACGGUAAACUAGCAAAACAAAGUGGAAAUAUUGGAUGUUUUAACUCGGUGAUACGCGUGUAAACUCAUAUCUAUCUGCUACUGUGGCUGACGCAGCAACUUUUUGACCACAAAUAAGUUUGACUCCGACUCAGCGACAGGUGCUGUUGUCACUGGACCUAGCCAGCGGGCGACAUGAAAGGUAAACUCCAUAGAAACGCGUCAACAUAACAAACUAAAGACAUAUUGCUGUGAACAUGAAUGAGGUGUGUGUCCGGGUGGCGGUCCGAGUCCGUCCACUGCUUCCCAAAGAAGUUCUCCACAACCACAAAGUGUGUGUGCGGGUGGUGCCGGACAGCACUCAGGUGAUGGUUGGCACGGAGCGGGCCUUCUCCUUCGACCACGCCUUCGGGCCGACGGCGAGCCAGGACGACGUGUACGAGUCCUGCGUCCGGCCCCUGGUGGAGUCACUCGUUGAGGGCUACAACGCCACAGUCUUUGCCUACGGACAAACCGGAUCAGGGAAGACAUACACAUUAAGAGGGGGACAUGUCGCAUCACUCUUGGACGAGCAGGGGGGUAUUAUUGACCGUGUGGCCCAGGAUGUGUUUUUGCUGCUGGGGCAGAAGAAGCAGAAUGGGGCCGCUCAGACAACAGUACGGGUCUCAUAUAUUGAACUGCACAGGGAGGAGCUGCGAGAUCUGCUGGAGCUCCACACCAAUCACAAAGAGCUGCAUAUUAGAGAGGACGACAGGGGAAACACAGUGGUGAUGGGAGCCAAAGAGGUGAUCGUAACCUCAGCAGAGGAGUUCCUCAGCAUUACUGACGCAGGCAAUGCCCUGCGCCACACUGGCACCACAGGCAUGAACGAGCACUCCAGUCGCUCUCAUGCUAUUCUCACCAUGCAGCUCACCCAGCACUGCCAUGACAGCGGCUCCUCCUUAAACACAGCCUGCUCCUCCAAACUCCACCUGGUGGACCUUGCAGGUUCAGAGCGUGCAGGGAAAACAGGUAACACUGGGACACGGCUCAAAGAGUCUGUCUAUAUCAAUACAGGCCUGCUGGCGCUGAGCAAUGUCAUCCGUGCCCUCUCUGACUCUGGCCGAAGUCGCCGUGGCAACAACAGUAACAUCACACACAUACCGUAUCGUAAUGCAAAGAUCACCCGUCUUCUGCGCGAUUCGUUGGGAGGCACCGCCCAUACACUGAUGGUGGCUUGUGUAAGCCCAUCCCACCACAGCUUGACUGAGACUCUCAAUGUCCUGCAGUUUGCAGCCACAGCACGUCACAUACGUAACCGUCCCGGAGCAGUAUGUUCCCGUACAGAGACGAAAUCCUGUUCCACAACCUGGGACCCCGGAAAAGCUCGUCUAGAGGAGCUGGAACAUGAAGCACAUAUGCUAAGAGAGCUGCUGAAAGAGAAAGAGAGAGAGCUGAGGAGUGAGAGGGAACAGACAGGGGAUAGAGUUGUGGGAGAGGAGAGUUUGAAACACACCAGUCAGAUGAUGACACCUCACAAAAUAUCUGACCCAGACAGGAGGCUGAAUCCAGAGGAUCUGUCAGAGUACCGCUUCCUGGCCCAGGAUGCUGCAGCUUUAUUUGAGGACAUCUCUAGUCCUACCCUGUGUCCUUCUCUUAGGCAGCGAUUGCAAGACUGGCAGGAAAGACUGAUGGCUGUCAGCCACUCUGAUCAAAAUGAUGAUGGAGACGAACACCACCAUGUAACCAUACUACAGCUCAGACGAGAACUCAGCAAAUGCCAGGAGACUCUCGCCAUAGAUGAGCAGGUGUUGGAGCAGAAAGAUGAGGAGCUGACGCAGUUACAAAAAGAAAUAGACAAACUUCACGAAGAGUGCAAAACCCACCUUCAGUCCUUAGAGGAAGAAAGGGAACGUACUCGUAUACAGACUGAACAACUGGUAGACCAGCAGAUUUUGAUUAAUCGUCUUCGCAGCAACGUAAUGACCUUCAGGGGUGCAACAUCAGGGGCAUCAGAGGAAGCAGGGAACUCUGGGAGCUCAGCCAGGAGACCCCACAGUGUCCCCCUCAUCAGACACAGCUGUGGCCAUGGACCUGUCAGAAAGAUCCACACCAGUCCCCCAGCCCAUUCAUUGGAGAGGGUGCUGGCAGCCUUUAAGAUGCGUAGUCAUCUCCUGCUGGCUGAGAUUGAGGAGAAAGACAAAGUUUACUGCCCAUUCACAAAACAGCAGGAGGAGGAGAGUGACGGUGAAGGCAGAAUGGAGAUCAGUUGCUCUUUGAACCAUACAUGGACCAGCCGACAGAGGAGAGCAGCUCAGAGCUCCAAGAUGGAAACCCAGUCAGCACAACAUUCCUUGGUAGACCCAGGGGCCGAGGAGACCCAUGCCAAGCAGUAUGAUCUGAGGAGGGCAAGACUUAGAGCCAGUGUCAUUCAGAGAAGGAUCCAAGAUCUGUCAGUCAACAUGCGCAUGAAAGAGGAGCUCAUCAAAGAGCUUCACAAAACUGGCAAGGAGACCCAAGCAGUGAACAGGCCAGGCAGGCUCAGAGGUAAUGGCCGAGACACUGAUGUGUUGGCACGGCUUUCCUUGCAAAGCCAGCAGGCCCAAGCAGAGCUCCACCACAGCCUGCAGCACAUGAGACAACAGAGGGCACAGCUGCAGACCAGCCUCAGGCAGGAGAGGGAGACUAGCUACGCUACCAAGGAAGUGGACCAAAAUGGGGAGCUGAGGGCAGAACAUUUGACUGUUUGGAAAAGAAGAUUUGAAGAUUCAGGAGAAAAGGAACAUAACACGACCUGGCUGGAGGUUGAGGAGGAGCAGGCCUUGCAGAAGAGACAGGAGCUGCAGGAGCUGGAGGAGGAGCUGAGGACAAAGGAGGAGGUGCUGCAGCGCCGGGAGGCCUGUCUGCAGCAGAGAAACAGCCUGAGGAUCAAGAAGCUACGCUCCAGUCAGGCUCUGAAUCAGGACCUGCUGCACGUGUCGGUGCGACUGCAGUCCGUGGAAGAGGAGCUGGUGAGCAGCAACAGGGCGGGUCGGGGUGGAGGAAUCACCACAGAGGACCUAGAGAAGGAAAGAGAGGCACUUAGAGAGAAGAGAGAUGCUCUGGACGCACAGCUUAAAGACAACAGAGUGCUCACUGCACAGGAGGAAUAUUCCAUGCUGCAGCUUGAGGAAGCUAUAGAGGUUUUGGAUGCCGCUUUGGAGUUUAAAAAUCGCUCCAUACAGGACAAACAGAAGCAACUGUCAGUCACAACCUCUUCCUGUCAGUCAAACAACACUGAGCCUGCCCACCUCUGUAAUGUUAUCAGGAAGCUGAAUGACCUCUCACCAUCCGAGGCCACCGAGCUGCUUGUCAAGUACUUCAACAAGGUUGUGUGUCUUCGUGAGACGGAGCGCCGUUUGCAGCUGCAUUGUGAGGAGCUGCAGCUGCAGGUUGAAGAGCAGGAGGUGGUGCUGAGGGAGAUGGAGAAUGCCUUGCAGUGCCUGGCCCUGGACACAGACCGCAGGCUCAUCCAGCAGCACCGAGAUCACCAGUCCAGCAUCCAGCUGCUGUUGCGGCAACUUAAAGAAGGCGGCUCAGGAGAGACUGAGCAGGCCAUUCAUGAGAGAAUUCAUCAGCUGGAGAAAGAGUUGUUUUUCUACAAGAGCUCUACCCGCCAGCUGAAGAAGAAGCUCAAAGAGCUGCUCAGUGACUCACUACAGUCUGGCGCUCAGCCCUCACACACACAGACCCAAACCCAUCCUUCCAGCACAGAGACACACAAUAUACAGAUAUACUCAAAGCCAACCGAUUGCCAGACUCACACUGAGCAGAUACAGACAAAGGCACACACUGAGAAAACCUACAAUAAGCUACACACUGAGCAAAUACACAAAAAGACACACACUGAUCAGGCAAAAACAAGCCAGAUACAAACUCCCACUGAGAGACAUGUACACCAGAACUCUUGUGCCUCAUAUUCUUUUAAUCUCCAAACACAGAAAAAGGCAAAGGUUUCUGCAUUCACCCAUCCACACUCACACCAACAGUCCCAGGAAGGAGGGCUGGGCCACAGUGGGGACGGUUCAGAGAUGACGCCGGUUCGUCUGUCUCGCAGAGAGCUGAGACAGAUCCACCCUGCUGAGCUGCAGGUCUGUGGUUCUGCCACAAGAAGGCGCAACUCUGUAUUGGACACCAGCACCGAGACAUUACUAGAGGACUCCAUAGAAAUGUCCAGAAGCACUAACAGAUAAUGCAUUAUCAAUCAUUGGGCAAUGGUGCAUUCAUAACAUUUGAGCUGCAAAACAUAUUACCUGAGGAGAAAAACAUUUUUGGUAUGUUAAAAUGUUUGUUAAUGAAAAAAAUGCUUGAAAUGUUUUCAGUGUCACAAUCAGACUCUUGUCUGUCUUCUCAUUUAUCCUCCUUACUUGGUCAUCUUAAAUUUUGCAGAUUCUGGUUGUCCUCAAUGCACUCCAAUUAUAGCAUUCACUAAGAGAUGGAAAAAUCAGGGAUGCACAGUGUCGUCAUGACAACGGUUUGAGCUUGAUAUAGCAUGCAGUGAGUUUUCAAUAACUUGGCAGUACUUUAUUUACGAAAAGGAGUAAAACCAGCCAUUUUCCUCCAGAUCUAGGCCAUUGUCACUUCCCGUGACAGCGCUGUCCAUUCUGUGUUUUCCCCUUAAUCAGCAUGGGAAUCAUAAUGUUCAAGAUCUGGAUAAAGAAAUAAGAUGAGUUGUAACAACUUUCAGCAAUUUUCAGACUUCCUGAUUCUAACAUGCUCAGUCAGAGCCAGCAAUAUUUUGAGGGUUCACCAGUCCCACCAGCCCUCCCAUCCUGUCAAUAAAGUUUGCACUCAAGGUAAUGUGAAGGCCUUUUAAUCAAAGCAGGGGUACAAUGGAGGCAUCUCUAAAGCAGUAUUCAUCACAGCAAGUCAUAUCAUAGGUCACAUGAGGCUACGGUCAUUUUGGCCAAUAAUAAACAAAUAAACAUAAAUUCUUUUUUCUUUUUUUUCUUCUUUUAAAAAAUUUGAUUUUAUAAUAGCCUUUGGAGGUGGUUCACCUGACUGUAGGUUAUAUUUUAUGCAUUGUUUAUACAAUGAAAAAGUACCACCAUCUGGAGUACAACUAUGCAAUCCCUACAGUUUUUACACUGUUGACUUAGUUGGCUAUGGUUUAGAGAAAAUCAGAUCAUUAAGUUAUUGUUAGAAUCAUACAAAUGGUGUGCAUUGCACUUGACCAACUGACUCUCAGCACUUCUUUUGACAUAACGAAGUGGAUGCAGCCUCUCAGUGGUGUGAUCCUGAAGUGCCUUUCUUACUUGUUGCAGAGUUCACCUGUUUAGCACUUAAAAUGCCUAGCUGUGUGCAUAUUAGUUUGACUCUGAUAGCUUUCUCUACUGCAACAAUUAUAUCAAAACUGCGCAGUAACAAGUUAAAUUUGGAGUAGUAAUAGUUUUUUGACAUUUUAUUUAUUUUUUUUAAAUUGAUAUAUCUCAACUUAGUCAGAAAUUGACUGCUGUGUAUUUUAUUUUCUGCUGUUGGUAUAGUUUGUAAUAACAA